AUGGUCGCGCACGUCUUCGACGGGCCGCGGUCGGCGAUGAGCAUGCCAGUCGACAGGGGAGGGCCGGAGCCAAGGGAGUGGUGGAAGCGGCGGUCGGGGCCGCCCGCGCGCGUGAGGAGCGCCGCGGAGCUGAAGUGGGAAGCGCUGGAGAGGUCGUGGGACUGCGCUUGGCAAGGCGUGGUCGCAGGCUCCGGCGGGGCCCACGCCACGGACGACGCCGAGAGCUGCUGCUCUGGGCACUGCCGCAGCGACGACGGCAGCGUGGCCUACAGCGUGGCCUCCACGAUGGCCUGGUCCGUGGCCUCCACGGCCUCCGCCUCCUCCAAGCGCAUCAUGAACAAGCUGGUGUCGUGGAUACGGGAGAAGCAGGACGCAAGGAGGGGCAUCGUGUACACGAAGACCGGGCCCUGCAACCUCUUCGAGGACCUGCCCAUCCCACCGUACCCCGAAGACUACGACUGGUGCAUGCACUAG